UUUUCGAACGUAACCUUGAGAAGGAAUGGCGUAGAAUUUUGAAGUGUACUUCUCUUGUGUCUUUGAAGAAUCCUAUUUUUCAUUAAAAUACUCGCAUUUUAUAUAACAUCGUCGUUUUGUACAAGGAGUGUACACGACUAAUUCCCUUACAUAAAUAUAUCAUGCAAUAUUGUGAAGCUCUCAUUAAAGGUUAAGUUAAUAUCGUGACACGAUGCAAACGUGAUUCGAUCUACAAUUUGAAUUAUGAAUUCAUCUACCUUAUCACCGAGCACUUUGGGACACUCAACGGGACAAAGGACACCGGAAUCACAGGACUCGGAACUAACAUCUAGUGCAACUCAAACAUCUAAGAUUUUAAAUCAGAUGAAAGCCGAAUUACAGGAACAGAAGCAGCGCAAACAAUUUCUCAAAGAACUGCAUGCCAAGCGUGUACAAUCCUUGCGGAAAGAAUUAGAUUAUCUUAAGGCAACAGAGUGGAGAUAUCAACCCAUAGAUCGGUACUUAGAUAGGAGUCAGAGAAGUUAAAUAUGCUGUCGUUAAUUUAUAACGGAUUUCGAUAUGCUCUUAACUAUAUGUAUUUGACUAAACCUAAGAAAGAAGAUACAGAUGAGGUCAUAUCUCGCAUAGAACAUGCAAAGAGAGAUGUGGAUUUGGUGGAUGCGAAAAGAGGGAAAAAAGAAAAUACAAAGGAAGAAGAUAAAUUGAAUAAAGGAUGUUAUUACAAAACAGGACAUAUCACUUAUGUCGAUAGUAACCAUGUUGUCAUAGAUGAUUGUUAUACAUACGAAAAAAAUGAUGACAUGACCAGCAACCUGAAAGUAGGUGAUAAAAUUUACUACGUGAUGUAUCUACUAGAUUCGAACGCGGAACCGAAAGUACGAAAAAUUAUCUCUAUAAUAAAUGAUACUUGGGAUAAUGCAAAUGCAAAGUCAGAGAAACACACUCAUAUGAUAGAAAGAAAUAUAGUCGCCAAAGUAACGAAACGCGAAGGCCGAAUUGCUGUUGUUGAACCAUAUAAUAUUCGUAUUGACUUAAGCAAAGUACAAUCUGACUUUGUUCCCAUGAUUGGCGAUUGGUUAACAAUAGAGUCCUUUGUUGAAGUAAAUAGCAAUUCCACAGAUUUGAGUGGCGAAGUCUUAGAGGUGGAUAGAAUCAAAUCAUUACGAUCUAAACUAGACAUUGGAGUGAUAUCAAAAUAUGAUCGGCAUAAUGAAGUAGGGGUAAUCGAUAAGCGUGUGAUAUUUCAUAAGCGUGCAUGUGAACCAGGGUACAUUCCUCACAUUGGUGAUAAAGUGGUGAGCGAAAGCAUAGAAAGUGAUCAAGGACAAUAUAGUUGGAGAUCAAUAACUAUUGUUCCAUUAAUUCAGCCUUCAAAGAAAUUCACUGAAUUACCAGUUGCAAUUAAUUUCUCUCCAACAUUAUCAGAUAUCAAUGAUUUGCUACAAAACAAAUAUGGUAUUGUUAUAGAUGAUAAUUUAGAAUUCAAUUUGAAUAUAGAAGAAGAAAACACUUUGACAGUUUCUAUACAAAAUAAUGGCAGUUAUGCUCAUAUGUUGAAAGAUGGCUCCUUCAUGUCACAAAAGACUGUGUCUCAGCUGUCAUUAGAAUCGCCGAUCAAUAAAAAUACAAUAAUAAAUCCUUCUAAGAAUGUUACAUAUACAUUUAAAUGUAAAGCACAAUUUGUCGGCAUAUCCGAAGAGCUGUUUAUCUUUAACUUUAAAGAUUUCAAAAUUGGUAGAAUGUUUCAUAUAAAUGUUAAUGCGAAAAACAUUUCACAAAAGACUGAUUCUGAGUCUGUUAAACAUAAAUAUAGCCAUAAAAUUAAUAUAGCUGAUUUGAAGGAAUUAAACGAAAUUACAUGUAUCCCUGGUAUAAAGCCGUAUAAAUCACCUGCAUUUAUCCAAGUGCGUAACGGAAUAUUCAAAAUACCUCAAUACAUUUGGAACGCGGUUUUGGAUAUCAUACAGAGCGAAAAAUCACAAAUUGAACAAGAAGUCGCUAUUGGAAAUCAGAUACCUUGUCUUCUGAAACCUCUUUCUUUUGAAAUAUAUAAGGAACGUUUCCACGCUUUAUUAUAUCUUGAGGAAAUAAGUCAAAUACUCAAUUUGCAACAAUACAGUAUGGAAAGUGCAGUCAUGCGACAACACGUGGAUUAUCUCGUACUCGAGGUACCAGGAUUAGCGGAAAAACGACCUUCUCUUCUUGUUGGUGAUAGAGCUAUAGUAUCUUUCAAAUGGGAUAGCUCUCAAGGAGAGCUAAAAUACGAAGGUUUUAUUCACAGAAUCACAGGCACCGAGAUUUUUUUAAAAUUUAAUGAAAAAUUUCAUCAAGAGUACAAUAGAGAAGCUUGUCAUAUAACAUUUAAAUGCUCACAGACUACUAUGCAUCGUUGUCACAAUGCUGUUAACUUAGCUCUCAAUCGUCUCGGAUCUGAUUUUCUGUUUCCUACCAAAGUGGUGCAAAAAGAGCCACAGUUUUAUUUGGAAGAAUAUGACAUCAAGGAAAAGUCUAAUCAUACACAAGUUUAUCACAAACACAAUGUAUCUGUCUCCUCUAACAAUAUAACUUCUAUUAAUGAUACAGAUGAUAUAAUCAAGAUAUCUUCAAAAAUGUCAGUAGCAGAUAGACUUUUCCCCAAUAAACCUACUGAAUUAUUAUCAUUCGAAGAAACACAAAUGUCGAAUGUAAAAAUAGAAACAAAUCAGAAUUUUAAAACAAAUUUAUCAAGGAAUACCAAUGAUAAUAAAACUAACAUUGCUAAUACCACAAUUUCAAGUAAAAUGGAUGAAACAAUCAUUGAUAAUGAAAUAGAAUCAUAUAUUGCUCAGAUAAAAAAACGAAAAUUAAAUUGGUUCAAUAAAAAGUUAAAUUAUUAUCAAAAAGAAGCUGUAAAGAAUAUAAUACAAGGAUUAGCGCGUCCAUUACCCUAUAUAAUAUUUGGCCCACCUGGAACAGGAAAAACAGUAACUUUGUGCGAGACAAUUUUACAAAUUCUUGCUGUGAUACCUGAAAGCAGACUUCUUGUAGCAACUCCAUCAAACAGUUCGGCAAAUUUAAUCACAGAACGCUUGUUGGAUAGCAACAUACUUAAGCCUGGUGAUUUGGUUCGAUUGAUAGCUCAUCAUUGUUUGGAUGAUGAUUCUAUUCCUGAAAAAUUAUUACCUUAUUGCGCUACGGCAGAAUUAGCCGCAGAAGGUACGUCCAGUCGUUUUUAUUGUCGCGAAGAUGGAACGAAAAUGAACUGUACCAUGUCGGUUCUGGGUCGUCAUAGAAUUACUGUUGGCACUUGCAGUACUCUGGGAGUACUAUAUAACAUGGGUUUUCCCCGUGGACAUUUCUCGCAUGUCCUAGUCGACGAGGCAGGUCAAGCGACCGAGCCGGAGAUCAUGAUUCCCCUAAAUUUCAUUCAUUCCGAUCAUGGCCAGGUGGUCCUCGCGGGCGAUCCAAUGCAACUCGGACCCGUCACACAGAGUAAAUUAGCGAUACAUUUUGGAUUGAGCGAAUCGUUUCUAUCGAGACUAUUACAACAAUUUCCUUACCAGAGAGAUCCAAAAGGAUUCGAGGAAUCUUGUUACGAUCCUAGGCUCGUCACAAAACUCAUUAUGAACUAUCGAAGUUUACCGGAGAUAUUGGAGCUACCAAAUUCGCUGUUUUAUGAUUCAGAAUUACAAUCGCAAAUAUCAUCUGAAAACAGUAAAGAAGCUGAACUAUUGGAAAUGUUAAGAGCGGAACUACCUGAGAGAGACGGAUCACCACCGGCCGUAGUUUUUCACGGGGUCAAUGGUGAAAACCAUCGAGAUAUUGAGAGUCCAAGUUGGUAUAAUCUUGAAGAAGCAACACAAGUCUAUCUCUAUUUAUUAAAGCUAUACAAAUAUGGACUUAAAUCGGAUGACAUAGGAAUUAUAACUCCUUAUCAGAAGCAGGUACUGCAAAUUAGAGAUCUGUUAUUGGAAUUAGAUCUUAAAUUACCAAAAAUCAGCAGUGUAGAAGGAUUUCAAGGCCAAGAAAGAAAUGUAAUUAUUCUAUCAACUGUUAGAUCAUGUAAUCAUUUAGUUGACGAGGACAUUAAGUAUACUCUAGGAUUCAUCGCUUCGCCGAAAAGACUUAAUGUUGCGAUUACUCGUGCUCGUGCUUUGCUCAUUAUUUUGGGAAAUCCAAAAUUACUCGCUUCAGACCCAUAUUGGAGAAGUAUUCUGACAUAUUGUAUUGAUCAUGGUGCAUAUACGGGAUGUAAUUUUUUACCUUCAUACAUAACAAAUCAAUAAUAUUUCACAAUACAUAAAAGUUAUAAUUCUAAUCAUAAA